AUCAGACGAGCUGUGAGUGAUCGAUACUCCUCGCGCAAGCCUCUGACUACUUGGAGAAAGCCGGAGUAUUCGGUCCAAAGGGACAACUCGUCGCCGGCCCCCCGGGCGACUCCACGGUGUCCACACUCGAGACAGCACUCAGGACCGAUGGCAGAGCCAGAUGCGCUCUGGGAGGCUCUCAUGGCACUCCUGCCCGGUACCAAGGAAGAGCUGAAGCUGGAGCUCGGGGAGGAGGUGGAGGGCAGCGUGGUGCUGCUGCUGCAGCGGGCCGCCCAGCUCUUCUAUGGGGGCCAGAUGAGCGCGUGUCUGCAGACCUGCGAGGUGCUCCUAGACUACUCCUGGGAGAAGCUCAACGCGGGGCCCUGGCAGCAGGUGCACAAGGACUGGCGACGGGUGUACGCCUGCGGCUGCCUCUUAAAAGCUGUGUGUCUGUGUGCCCCACCGGCCGACACCACCGCCGUUGCCGCCGCCCUGAGAGUCUGUGACCUGGGCCUGCUGAUGGGGGCGGCCAUCCUGGGGGACAUCCUCCUCAAAGUCGCUGCCGUUCUCCAGACGCACCUCAUCUCCAGAAAGAGGCCGGCCCCCGGCCCGAGCCAGGAGCCACCCAGCACCAAGAAAGCAAGGAAUGACCACAUUUCGAUUCCAGAUGUGGGGUCAGAAAGAGCAGUGCCCCGGCUUCACUGUCCAUCCCUCCAGUAUUUCCAGAAGCAUUUUUUGGUUCCAGGGAGGCCUGUGAUCUUGGAAGGCGUGGCUGACCACUGGCCAUGCAUGAAGAAGUGGAGCCUGGAGUAUAUCCAAGAGGUUGCCGGCUGCCGCACCGUCCCGGUGGAGGUCGGUUCCAGGUACACGGACGAGGAAUGGUCCCAGACGCUCAUGACGGUCAGUGAGUUCAUCAGCAAAUACAUCGUGAAUGAGCCGAGGGACAUCGGUUACCUUGCUCAGCACCAGCUCUUUGACCAGAUCCCAGAGCUGAAGCAGGACAUCAGCAUCCCCGAUUACUGCUGCCUGGGCGACGGGGAGGAAGAGGAGAUCACCAUCAACGCCUGGUUCGGCCCCCAGGGAACAGUCUCCCCACUCCACCAGGACCCGCAGCAGAACUUCCUAGCCCAGGUGAUGGGGAGGAAGUACAUCCGGCUGUACUCCCCGCAGGAGUCGGAGGCCUUAUAUCCUCAUGACACGCACCUUCUUCAUAACACAAGCCAGGUUGACGUGGAGAAUCCCGACUUGGAGAAGUUCCCCAGGUUUGCCGAGGCCCCGUUCCUGUCCUGCAUCCUGUCUCCCGGAGAGAUCCUGUUUAUCCCGGUGAAGUACUGGCACUAUGUGCGGGCACUGGACUUGAGCUUCUCGGUCAGCUUCUGGUGGUCAUAGCCGGAGAGGAGGGCAGAUCUGUGCUGCAGGGGUGCCCAUGGAGUCGCUCCUCCUGGCCUGGAGUCUGGAGACGGGCUGCCCAGGCCUGCGCCUGAGGACGCCCUCCCGGGCCCAGGAGUGCCAGGCCGCUGAGUGCAUUAGAGGCAGGCGGGCGAGGCCCCAGAAGGACUUUGCAGGCUCACGAUCCACAUGGAAGCUCCUGGGCUCUGAGGUUGACGGCGUGGAUUUAGCCCUGCCUUGCUCUCAGCUGCUGUGUGAUUUGGGGCAAGAGACCCACUGUGUGUGGGUCUCCAUCUGGUUUCUGCUCUGGUUACCAAAUUAGAACCUGUCUUCAGAGCAGUGCAUAGACCUUCAAGCUUGGGGAAUUUUCUACUCUGCACCCUCCCAGCAACCAGUUCCCAAAUCGAGAAACAGAACCACUUCCAGCACCUCGCAGGGUGAAAUUCAAGGUGUGGCAAGAGUCUAGAUUGUGCGGGCCUGAUGGGCCACCUGGCUGGGAGAGAAACCCAGCUCAAGCUAGUUUAAGUGAAGACGCAACAGCCAGCUGGGUCUGUCAGCUCCAUAGCAUGUAAGGAGCCGCGGGCAGGGCUGUGAGACCUGCAGGAGGAAGCCCAGAGCCAGGCCUCUACCCACCAGUCUUCUCUGCCUCCCCGGCCACCUCGCGUCUGCUGGUCUGGCCUUGGUUUCAUUCUCCUCUUGAGAUAGCCUUCUCCCCAAGGGGAGGAGACAGCUCCAGCAGGUCAGCUCCAUAUCCUAACACCACGACUCACAGGCACGGAAACCUGAGGGACGAUUCUGACCGGCAGGCCUGGGACCUGUACCCCAGGAGGGGCAGUGCUGGGUGGGGGGCUGCUCUGUGGCGGAGCCUGGCCCACAGGCCCCUCCCGGGUUACUAGAAGAGGGCGUGGGAAGCCCUGAUGGGCAGCUGGAACUAGCUUCUCGUGUCCUCUGUAACCAGGACAGGGAAUUUGAACCUGACCAUGUAGGUCUUGGGGCUUCAGUUUUGAGCAGACAGACCAUCAGCAUAUGUGCAUAAGAAAGCUGGCUCUCAGCUGGGGGAGGAGGAUGGUCUGAUCACAGAGCUUCGGGGAGGCUGAGACUGAGGCCGGGAGUGAGCCCCAGCCUGGGCAGUGCGCACGUAGGACAGGCCAUUUAGAAGGUGGAAUCCGGGGCUCUGGGAGCAGUUGCUUGUGAGAUCGUUUAUUCCCCUCUCUGGCAUUAUAAAUAAUUAUUUACCUAA